GCUAAACUCACACCAACACCCGGCAGCCGAGGGCAGCGACAGCCAACCACCGGGCUGAUUCCAAAUGCUGAUGGAAGUUUUAUUCCUGUUCGUUACCAUUCAGGUGAACCGUGUUUACGCAUCCAAGCCGUUUUCUGUGAUUCCGGGUGCAGUGACUGCAGACGUCGGUCGGACGGUUGAACUGUCCUGUGAACUUACGGAGUUUGCGAGCAGUGUUUCCUGGUACAAACACCGUGCUGACGAACCCCCGGUAGCGAUCAAAACCACGGACUGCCAACAGAACGGUUGUAGGUCUACUUACAAAAAAGGCUCCGGAGAUCGCACAUCGGUGCUGGAAAUCCGGGAUGUCCGUGUGGAGGAUUCGGGUUCCUACUACUGUGCUGAGAAAAAAAGCUAUCCACCGCUUGUGCAAGGACCUACACUCCUUGUUGGAGACAGCUCCACCAUUCGGACCUACAUGCAGGUAUUUGUCCCGCCGUCUGAGGUGAACGGGUCGGUCCCCCUGGUGUGUCUGGUUGGCGGCCUGUCUUCCAAAGAGAUUAUCAUUUACUGGAACAUAUCCGGCCAAAUCACGGAAGGAUGGAGCGAUCCCGGCAAGCUUGAUUCUGACCAGAGCUACAGUGUUAGGAGUCAGGUGCUGGUCCCAGUGGAAACCUGGAGGAGCGGAGGAGUCUGUACCUGCAUCGCACAACUCGGGGGUGCGGGAAAGACGAGGACUACGAGCGUCUCCCAUCUCAAGAUUGAACCAGAUCAAGACUGCUAUCUUCCGGCGGCGAUCCUCCUUGGGCUCCUUAUAUUGCUGGUUACCGUAAUUUUUAUUUGGAUCUUUAAAGAAUGUAAAUCAGGAACACAACGUCAAUCAGCGACGCGCCAGGGACACGGCAGUGCGGCUCAGACCGAAGCGCCGAUCCUUUACGCCUCUCUCGACUUCGCUGCAUCAUCCUCUCACCGCAGAUGAGAAUCUGGCUUGUUUCUGCUUGGAUGGAUUACGGAGUAUUUGACCGAACCUGGGGUCACAGUAAAACACUCUGAUCGACUCAAGACCUGACUCUCCGCGAUGGACAAAAAUUGUACAGGCUCAUUUAUUAUGUGAAUAAAAUGUUGGACUAACAUUGCUGUCGCGAUUCAGGCAUAUUCUAAUCCUUAAGUGAAGAACAAAGGCUUCUUGCAUAGAUUACAUUGUCUAAUCUCAAAACCUCCCUCGGGGUUAUUUUUUGUUUUUUUUCUUCUGUAUAAAUUAAAUAUAUUGGAAUAUGAUUAAAAAGAAUGGCUUUGCAUUGAUCAAUGGCAAUUUUCGAGGUUAUUCCACUUGUGGGUACAACUUACGCUGCAGCUUAAUCAGUUAUUGUACAUUAUGUUUAUUAGGAUUGCCUUUAUAUUUAUUGUGCUUCUUUGCGCGUAUAUUGUGCUUACUGUGCUUCUUGUCUUUUACGCUGCAACGGAUCCAGAGCGGCAAUCAUUUUGUUCUAUUUAUAAAGUCGUAUGCUGAAGAAUGACAAUAAAC